UUGUAACCGGAAACCUUCAAAGAAUCAAGAGUUCCUAGUUGAGAAUCAGAGCAGUUCAGAGAGGUUUGCGCUGCGGUUUUAUUGUAUAUGUGUGUGAAUGAGCUGUAUUGUGUACUUUUGAGAGAGAAUCGGUAGAAAUAGAGCAUGAGCGCCCAUCACGAGUCGGAGCCGAAGCUGUACCGCUACAGCAGGACGGUUUGCGGCGUCUUCACUCAGGUCCUGUGCGCGCUGUUCAGCGUCUUCAUCACUGUUCUGAGCAGACCUGGGUCCAGUCUGUUCUCAUGGCAUCCGUUUCUUAUGACCCUCGCUUUCUCCUUCUUCAUGACCGAAGCCAUUCUGCUGUUCAACCCUUAUUCAUCUCCCAUCAAGAAGCUGAAGCACAAGACUAAAGGCCGCUUGCACUGGAUCCUGCAGGGUUUGUGUGUUUGCUGCGCAGCUGCAGGUCUGGCCGCCAUCUUUUACAACAAAAACCUGAACGACAAGCCUCACUUCACCUCAUGGCAUGGGUUGAUAGGAGUUUUAACGGUCUCUGUCGUGGGGCUGCAGUCGCUCGGAGGGCUUCCGCUCCUCUAUCCCAAACUCGCCAAAGGCUGGUCGCUGGCUAAACUGAAGCGCUACCACGCCGCCUCCGGUUUACUCACGUACCUGCUGGGCAGUUUGAGCUUGUUUCUCGGACUGUGUUCGGCGUGGUUCACCAGCAGCGUCAGCGGGUACGUCUGGUACCUGGCUGUCCUCUGUCCCGUUCUGUGCGCUCUGGUCGUUAUGAAUCAGGUAACGAAUGCUUACAUGGCCCGCAAACCAAUGCAGUACUGAAACAAGACACUCAAGGCUUGCAAACCUGGAAUGAUACAGACAUUUAAGUGGACCAGAGUUGUAAGUUACUGAGCUAAUUUUAUUGUUAAUUAUGUAAAUGUUUUUU